AUGAUUCAACCUUUACUGUCAGACAAUCUUGGAAAUGCAUGUCUUACAAGUGUUUUUGUGACCGGAGCCUGGGACCACGCCAAACUUCUGCAGUCUCUAAAGGCAUACCAAAAUGCUGAAAAAGAUGAAAGGAUGAAAUCUAAUCCAGACCUGUACUUUAACUGUGCUACUGUAAACAAAUAUCUAGAUAACUAUGAAAUGGCCCUUACUGGAUUUGAAGCUGCUGCUUUAAAGGAUCCUGGUCUCAAUGCUACCGAAGAGGUUCAAAAGAUUGUUAACCUUCUUGACAAGCUAGAUAAUUUUUUAAGGGGACAUGCCAGAUCUAAACGACUUGCAUCUUUAGCAUCAUCUCUGGCUGUGGUAAAUUUGAAUUCGUCAUAUAAAAGGGCUACUGUAAAUCUUUUAUAA